UGUCAGAUUAAAAUGACAAUUGUUUGACAUUCAUCAAAUAGAAUAUUUUCAAAAUUUUCCGUAAAGUAAAUUCUUGUGUUUAGACGACAAAGCUAUAAGUACCUUUAACAAUAUUUGUCCUCCCUUUUAAGAUUGAACAAUAAAAUUCUACAGAUUUUGUAGUGCCUAUAUCCGUAUGUCAUUAGCUCCAUAAUGGCUAAAUACUUAAAAACUUUGAUGUCUGAUGGUGACGAAGUAAGAGAUUUGGAGGAUGGAGGAUCAUGCGUCCUUGAAGACUUUAAAUUAAUAAUCAACCAAUACGACCGCACUGUUGUUGAUUCUUUGAUGCCCUUCAUGGUGAACCUUUUGGACUGCAUGAACGUUGGAUACAAAGAAAAACUGAAAUAUGAGGCUAAGCUGCAGAAAACUAUAAAAGAUAAUUUAAGUUUACAGAAUAAGGAAAAACGAGCGAAGAAAGCUUUAAAACAAGAAUUACAAGAAUACAUUGCAAAAUACGAAGCCGAACGUGAAUCAAAAGUUUUAGUAGAAAGAAAAUUAGCAGAAUUUGAAAAGAAAAAAGACAAAGAUAGUAAAACUAUGAUUUCUCGCGUAGAAGCUCUAGAAAUUCAUGUGCGAUCGCUAGAAAAGAAAUUUAAGCACUCUACAGAUUGCAUACAAAAACUGGAAGAAAGAGAAGCCUAUUUGAAAAGGGAAUAUUCCGAACUAUUAGAAAGGUACACAAAACUGUUUAGAGAACAUGUAGAUUACUUGGAAAAAUCAAAAGGAACAAGGCGCCAUCGUGAACUCGCCUUGAACGAAGAAUUGGCUGAUGUACAUAAAGCAAGACAAGAUGUAGAACCUGAUAAUGUCUUCACAUUAGUUGAUGCAAGUGGUAAUGAAAAUGAAACGGUGGACGGCGAAAAUUAUAUUCAAAUCGCUGCUGAAGAUAACCCAAAUAUUCAUUAUGACCAUCAAUAUUUUGAAAAACAAAGUAAACAGCCGCAUAACACUCAAUACAUCAAGCACUAUUUUGAAGAGAAUUCUGAAAAUAAUGUUGAGUAUUAUGAAGGACAGACUGACAAGCUUUAUGCUGAAGAAUAUAUUGAACCCCAAAAUAAACUUCAAAAAGACAAUGCAUUUUAUCAAGAAGAAGGUGAAUAUUACAAAGAAGACAAUCGAUUUGAUACACAUCAGUAUGUAGAACAAAACGAUGAAGCUCACUCGGAAUACAGAAUCGAAGAAAUUAAUCUUAUAGAGACUUUUAGUCCAACUGAAUCUAUUAAAAAUAUUAAUGUUGCACCGUUAGAAUAAUAUAGAUUGUGUAAUUCAGAUAUAUAUGAUUAAAACAUUUUAUAAUA